AUGCCAACACCAGCUCAGGAAGCAUCGUCCGUGCAGGUUGCAUCAUCAAUGCCAACAUCAGCUUCUAAAAAAUCGUGUGUGCAGGCUGCAUCGUUGAUGCCAACACCAGCUCAGGCAGCAUCGUCCGUGCAGGCUGCAUCGUCGAUGCCAACACCAGCUCAGGCAGCAUCGUCUGUGCAGGCUGCAUCGUCGAUGCCAACACCAGCUCCAACUGUAGUACCUGUUCAUGCCACUACCUCUGAGAAAUUCAGUUUUAUGCCUACUCCAACUUUAAGCCAUCAAACAAUGGCUGGCCCUCAAAGUAUAAACCUUCAAACAAUGGCUAGCCCUUCAAAUUUGGCAGAGGAGGAAGAUGUGGAUGCUGAUGAGGAUGAGGCGGUGGGUCAAGAAACUAUUACCCCUCUUGUGCCAACAAUAGAUGAGAAUGGGAAAGUUAUUAUAAAACCAUCUGGUACUGGGCUAGUUCCUGCCAAAGAAGUUGCUGGUGCCAUUAAUUAUGCGAUACGCAAACAAUUUUAUAAACCUAUACAUCAUUGGUCUGCACUCGAUCCUGAUACGAAAGCUGAUUGGUUUAAGUUGUUUGGAGAGAAGGUUUCGUGGGAUCCUUUCGAUCAUGCAUUUGUCUAUAGCGCAUUUGAAAAAAAAGGAAGAAAACGAUUAAACGACAUGUUGGGGAAGGCGAGGAGAAAAGGGACUCGACCUUCAUGGAUUGGUGAUGAUGCUUGGGUUGAACUUCAAACUUAUUGGAAAAAGACCGAGUUUUUGGCUGUGUCUUCUCAAAACAAGACCAAUCGAGCUUCCGCAAGAGGCGGAGCAGUCCACACCACAGGCCGUAAGGCUCAUAUUGAUGUUGCACUUCAACUUGUAAGUAAUAAAAUCCUAACAAAUUAUUAUUAUUAUGAAGAUUCUUUAUAUCUUGACAGUUUUACUCGUAUUCUGUAUUGAUUAUUGGAUUAUUUGAUUUUUGUAGUCACGUGAACUUC